UAUUUUGAACGUGAAGGUGGCGGUUUAGACGAUAACGCUUGUUUUUACAGUAUAAGUCAAGUCAGGAUUAAAAUAAAUAGCAACGUUCAUAAUACGCUUAUAAGAUAAUAAUCUCAAAACAUGUCAUCUGUCAAUGGCUUGUCAAAUACCAAACCAGAUAGAGUCCCGCUCAGAGAUGUACAGAAUGAACAGUUAAAUAUGCAGGGCACUCCAACUCUUAUGUUUAAACAUGCAUCGACACAUGUGAAGGACUCAAACAUGAAGCAUGAAGUUGUUCUUGGUGAAAAUCCAUCAAGCUUAGCUAUCACAACAGAGGUCUAUAAUAUUGGUCAAACUAUGGAUACCACUGAUGAACAUCAAGACAUCAUAUUAAAAUCUUUUGCUUGCCUUGAAGGAGAAGUAGUAGUUGAGGGUGAAUCUGUACUGUCAGAUAUUUCUGUUUUAAUCGGCCGUCUUGGAUUGGUGGAUAAUGUUCCACUUCAAAGUGACUCUGAUGAGACUAAUGGAAUUGAGGACACAGAGGAUAAUGAGACCAGUAAAAGCAUGUUGAUCAUCCAUACUCUUGUAGGAGCAGAUCUACAGGUUACAGUGCCUCAUCCGUACUGCAUCAGGAGGAAGAAGUUUCCACCAUUGAGCUGGAAAAUGUUACAUUCAAGUCCCUUAUGUGCUUUGGUGGAGAAGUUCUUGUUUCAGAUAGCUCAGCCAUCUCUAAUGAAUCCAUAA